CACCCGCCUCCUCUCUAGUUCUCGUAGCCUCUUUUGAAUGGAUGUUGCCGUGAAACUGAAAGUUCAAUCGCGGUUUACGUAGGUGUGCUUGGUUCCUGCACGUCGGUCUAGCGUUACGUCCCUUCGCCAUUGAUAAAGACGGACAAACAAAUGACGCCUCGCGACGUUGUACCACGAGGUAUCGUCCCAACCCGUUGUUGACAAGUGCCGAGCCGGCUGGCGUGCUUGUCAUAAUGGAAGCCUGCGCACCCACGCCCGGCACUGUGGAUGAGAAUGCGCUCCAAGAGUUCGAGGACUACGAUGCCGUCAUGGAAACGAUUCGAAAAGUGGCGAAAGGCGGCCUCACCGAACGAGAGAUCGAACGCCUGCUGGAGGCGUUUAAGAAAACUUUCGACAAGUAUCUCGAGCAGCCGUACCUGUUGGACGGUCACUUGGCGGAGAUUGUACAGGCGCUCGUGAAACCCGUCAAGUCUGCGGACUGCACCGACGAUGUCCUGCACACUUGCAUGGUCUUUCUCGUCGUGGUGACGCAAGUUCGCGGAUACAAAGUGGUCGUCAACCACCUGCCUCACGAGCUGUCAGACAUUGAACCUGUCCUUGCCCUGCUGGAGAGAGUCGCACCAGACAGUGUGAAGUUACGUCCAACAACGUACAUGUUACUGCUCUGGCUCGGCGUGCUGUCCAUGGUGCCUUUCCAGCUCUCCCGCCUUGACUCUGGGGAUUCAGGAACGAAGCCCGUGGCCCAAAGGAUAUAUGAAGUCAUGAAGGCCAACCUCACUGCCGUUGGGAAGGCAAACGAUGCCUCCAGCUUCUUGAGUGCUCAUUUCAUUACUCGUCCCGACAUCAAAGACCUCUACUUUGAUGACUUCAUGUUGUGGCUGCAGAGUCAAAUCAGCCUGGAGAAAGAGGUGACGACGACAAACGUAUUGUCAACGCUCGCCAUGACCUUCAAGCUUGCCAAGCGGGAUGUCGUCAUGAAGCAUGCGCACAGCGUGAUGAGCCUGCUGGCCGAAAAGAAGUUAUUUCAGGGCAAUAACUUUAUCAUCGAAAGGCUUGCAUUGAAGCUGUGUCAAAGGAUCGGCCUCUGCUUUCUCCCCGUCAACCUCGCUUCGUGGAGACACUUGAGAUGCAUCAAGCAACUGUCGCAGAAUGUGCAAGAAAACGGUCCCUUGUCGGAAGCGGCCUUCCCAACCGCUCAGGAGAAUGGAGAAGUAGAUGUCCCGGAAAUCGUUGAAGAGGUUGUUGACAAGCUUUUGGAGGGCCUCGAAAAUGGCUGCCUCAACGUCAGAUGGUCCGCUGCAAAAGGCAUAGGUCGUAUUGCAAGCAGGCUUCCAAAAGAGUUUGCCUGCGAGAUUGUCUCCUCAGUGUUCUCCAUAUUCGAGAAGCAGAGCAGUGAAAGUUCACUUCACGGGGCGUGCCUUGCCCUUGCUGAACUUGGUCGUCGAGGCACCCUGCUUCCUGAGCAGCUGCCUGAUGUGGUGUCUUCCGUGCUGCCUUGCCUGGAGUUUGACGAGCAGCUUGGCAAGCAGUGCUUUGGGCGUGUGGUCCGUGAUGCGGCCUGUUACGUCUGCUGGACUUUAAGUCGCUCGUAUGAUCCCUGUCACCUGGCGCCAUUUGUCAACGCCAUUGCCGGUGCCCUUGUCUGUGUUACUCUGUUUGACAGAGAAGUCAUGUGCCGUCGUGCUGCCGCUGCCGCGUUCCAGGAAUGUGUGGGAAGGCUUGGCACGUUUCCGCACGGCAUCGACAUCAUCACCGUGGCGAACUACUUCUCUUUGGCAUUAACGCAGACCUGUUAUCUCAGUCUCAGUCUGCAGGUUGCCAAGUUCAUGGACUACACGCAGCCCCUCAUUUUGCAUCUCGUGGAGAAGAAGUCUGGCCACUGGGAUCCCUUCAUUAGGACACUCUGCUCACAAGCGCUGUUCAAGCUCACCGUGGACGAUCCCGGCUUCGUGAGGGAGACCUGCGUGCCCAAACUCUUGGCUGCGUUGCACAGUCGAAACCUGAGCUCCAGACUGGGAGCCCUUCUGUCUCUUGGGGAAACGGUGCACUCGCUCUGCGAGCUAGGCGAGAAGGGUGGUGAAAGUGUCUACGAUGCCUUAGGUGGUGACACUGUUGAAGCACUGAAAGAGCUGGCCUCAAAGUACGAUGAAGACAAAGUUUUUCAGGGCCUCGGAGGAGACCCAAUGAAGGAAGCGUUUUGCCUGUUCAUAUGCAAGCUGUCCAGUGUCCAUUUUCCUGUUCACAAGUCAAGGCCUAUUCUUGAGAAGUGGCUGUCUGUGAUAACCCGGUGCCUUCUUCGUGACGAAGCCAGCCUCAGGCGCAACGCCUGCAUGGCGUUGUCACCAUUUGUAGAAGAAUACUGCAAGGAUGAGGACGGCAGCAUUUGUGACAAACUCGUCAUGGACUAUCUCGAAGGGCUGAACUCGGCGACGGAGGGGGUUCGCUGCAACUUCGCACACGCACUUGGGUCCCUGCCAAACUUUGUUUAUAGGAAAUAUGGUGAAGCGAUUCUUGGCGGACUCAUGGCAAGGGCAACGACAGAGGGUCAGGAAUACGUAGACUCCAAAACUGAGGCCGUGCUUUCCUUGGCGCGGGUCUGCGUCACUGCUGGAGUCGAGGAAGGAGGCGUGACGCUGUCCCAGACUCAAGCUGUACUCGACAUCUUAACGCAAGGGAUGGGUGACUACACGUACUGCCCGAAAAGGGGAGAUGCGGGAGCGAACGUCAGGAGGGCCUGCAUGACCUCGUUUAAGGAGCUCAUUUGCUACCUUGCAUCAGUAGCACCCAGUUCCAUACCUGAAGCACAGGUGAAGUCCUUAAUGUGUGCCUUAGCUCAACAGAGUGUGGAGCCCGUGGAUAACGUGUGCCGCCUGGCGAUAACGACUUUCGUUGAGCUGCUGUACAACGUGCCUGACAUUCCAUACAUUCCCCACCGAGAUGAAGCACGCAAGAUCCUGCCUGCCAACCUGUGUAGCAUUAUCAACCUUCGGCAUGCCAAGGAGACAUUCCCCUACUGGAGCCAGAUGCUGAUGCUCGACUCGUACCGCGAGCCCCUGCUCAAGGGCUUCCUCGUCAGUGUGGGCGGCAUGUCCGAUCAAUUCUUCAUUUUUGGCAAGGAAACUCUGCUGUCGUUCCUUGGCACUGUCAGACAGGACCGCACACUUGAAGAGUCGGUGUAUGGAUUCCUCGCUGGACUGUUGAGCGACCAAGCAUUCGUGAACAGGGCACUGGCGAAGUAUCUCAAAGCCAUGGACCACCUCGCAGUUUCUGGUGCCUUCACAGGAGCUCCUCCUGAAUUUACUGAGGUGCUGCAGCGGGAGGCCUGGCUUAAAGCACACAGGUCAAAGUCUUUUCAGAAACUCGAGGCCUUGUCAAGCUUUCUUGCCACCUGGCUCCAGUUUGAAGGAAACGUCAGGAAGAAGGUUCUCGUCAAGCUCUUUCAGUUUCUGGAGCAUCGUUGGAGCAAAGUGCGCAUGGCAACUGCGCUCCGGCUGUGCGAAUCUCUCUUGCUGUACCCAGUUCUGGAAGAUGAAGAAAAGCUUGAGGAGGCUUGCAGGCUUCUCUCAGAGGCCCGCUGGGACGACACUGAUUUUGGCAUCCCCGUUAAAAGGCUGAGGAGUCUGUUUGAGAUGGACAGCGACAGCUAGUGAACAGCUGCGCCCAUUACUUGGCUUCUCACAUAUUCUGUAGUGCUUGUGAGGUUUCUAUUAUUUAUUUAAUAAAUAAUACUUCGGACAUGUCA